AUGACCCACUUCGAUGAUAGCUCUCGCGGGCGCCAUGACCGAUCGUCAGAAGCACUGGAUUCAGAGGCUAUUCGGCAUAUGCUGGAGGAUGGCGAGCUGGAUACGAUGCGAUGGGAGGAUGAUGAUAUAGCUCUUCGGUCUGCAGCUUCUAAUAGCCGACUUCCUUAUGACAAGCUUACUGCCCAGGAAUUGGUGUGCUUUCCCGAUGUCACUGAUGCCAAGGCAUCUACAAACUUGUACCUUUUCAUUCGAAACAAGAUAUUGCAACUAUGGCAUCUUGAGCCAAAUGUGGAGCUAACUAGCGAAGAUGCAAUAGAAAAUCUUCCUGUUCCUUUCAACAGUGAUCGUAGGCUUGUGCGUCGAAUUCACGGUUUCCUGCAACGUUAUGGUUUCAUCAAUUUUGGAAACUUCCACAGACUAGCGUCAGCCUUGAUCCUAACGUCGAAAAGGAAGAAAGUAAUAAUUAUUGGUGCUGGCGCAGCUGGGAUUGCAGCAUUGAAACAAUUACACUUUUUCGGAUUUGACGUUACGCUGCUUGAAGCGCGGAAACGACUUGGAGGUCGAGUGCACACAUACCACCAGAAGGACACCAGUAUUGUCGCAGAUCUGGGUGCUAUGGUUGUUACAGGAAUAAAUGGGAAUCCUAUAGUGACGAUGAUGCGACAAACGCAGUGCACCCCUAUCCGGAUCGCUCCUGAUUGUCCUAUUUAUGAUGAAUACGGCAAGCUUGUAGAUCAAAGAAAAGACGAACUUGUUGCGGAAGCUUUCAAGAUGUUGGAGCUUCGCAUGCAAAGAAGGCGUUUGAAAUUCUGGCAGAUUUAUGAAGAGAUCUUGGAGAAGAUGAAACAGGUUCAAAAUGAGAUGACACUGUACAAGAAAAGCGCAGUAUACUUAGCGGACAAGUUGAAAACGCAGGAUACCUCACUUUUGCGGUCGGAAAAUCCGGAUACAAGACUCGAACAGGAUAUUCUGCGACGAUGCUAUAAGAGGGAUUUAGGAGAAGCAAUCAAAGUGAGUGUUCCUUCUCUGUUGGUAUUCACAACGAGUAAGGUUGCAUGUCUCGAAUUUAAGCGUUAUGAUGCAGCAAGAGAACGGUUCCGUAAUCUGGAAACAACACUUAGGAAUCUCAAGAAGCAAGAACCGAGGUCUGUUUACUCUUCACAUGAACUUUUUAAUUCUGUUCCUGUUUACCUGCUAGGAAUUCAUGUACGACCUUGUUUUCGAGGAGAAUUCUAUAUUGGUCAGUCUCUUUAUUUCAGUGAAGUUUAUAUGAACCAGCGUGAUCGUCGCCUUCUUGAUUUCCAUUUCGCGAAUUUGGAGUUCGUCAGUGGGGGAACGUUGGAUAAGUUGUCUCUGCAGCACUUCGAUCAGGACGAUGAGUUCCAGUUCACUGGAUCACAUAUGGCAAUUCGUGAUGGUUAUGGUGACUUCUUAACUCGACUGGUCAGCAGUGAUGUUGCUGGAUUGAUCAUACAGAAUGCUGUGGUAGAAACAAUCAAAUACAAUGACAAAGGCGUUGAGGUCCAUUACAAAUCUGACGAAUCACGAUCUAAAGUGGAAGGCGAUGUGUGUUUAUGUGCCAUACCUUUGGGUGUACUGAAGCGAUCAGUUGCCAACUGUAAUGAAGCACCACAAUUCGAUCCACCUCUGCCAGAAUCUUCUGUCAAUGCUAUCAAUGAAAUGGGCUUUGGGAACUUUAAUAAGGUGGUUCUGAUAUUCGCUCGUCCGUUUUGGGAUGUUACACAGAAUUACUUUGGCCACCUCAACCAAUCAAAGGCAUCUCGAGGCGAAAUGUUCAUGUUUACCGCUCUCAGUAAAGCACCGGUUUUAAUUGCAAUGAUGGCUGGUGAGGCGGCUAACUUGGAGGCUCCAAAUGAGGUGUGUAAGCAGAUGUUACAAUUUUGUCCUAGUAUUAUAAUUGUAUUACUGCGGCAUUUUCUUCAAGCAAGCCUACUUCCUCUUCAGGUCAUAGUUCGAAAGGCGAUGAACGUGUUGGCCAAUAUCUUUGGUUCUGCGUGCCCCAAAGGCGUAAGCUCUUUAUUUUGUCUUCUAUUUUAUGUUUCAACUACAUUUGGGUUUAUCUUUCACAUACUCUGUUUUAAGCCAGUAGAAGCUGUGAUCACGCGAUGGCAUAAGGACCCAUUUGCAUCNAAAUCCCUUUUUCCUAGGCGAUUUAUGGGACAGAUUAGCGGAGCCUGUUAG